AGAUGGGAGCUGGUUUGUUGAAAUCAGACUGGGUUGUAAAGCCCAGAGUUGGAAAACAGUUUUCAAAGUUACAAAAGAAAACAAAGUGUAUUCGUGAUCUAUUCAUAUACUCAGGAACGCUCGUCCUAACUAUUAAGCCGUUGAAGUUUAAUCAAGCUGGAAUUGAUGGAGUUAGAGAACAUUGUAGCAAACACCGUUUAUCUCAAAGCACGAGAAGGUGGUGGUGACAGUAAUAAAGGUAAAAGCAAAAAAUGGCGCAAAAUACUCCAACUUCCACACAUAUCCCAAUGCCUCCAGCUUCAAAACAAACUUACCAUACAGUAUGAUUAUAUCGUGGAUAAGCAACCUAUUGGUCGAUUGUUAUUUAGACAAUUUUGUGAAGAUCUUAGACCGGCAUACCAUCGUUAUAAUCUUCUACUGGAUGCAAUUGAAAAAUAUGAAGUUGAACUAGAUGAAAAUAGAGUAGAGCUAGCCAAAGAUUUAUUUGAUCAGUAUUUGAAACAUGAAGACUCCGAAGACACUGACAUUCUCACUGAUUCCCUUAUAUCUGAAUGUGAAGAACGACUUAAUUCUGGUGGAAGAGAUUUAUUUGUACAGAUUUCUGAAACAGUAAAAAAUUUUCUCGCUGGUGGACCUUUCAAGGAGUUUCGUUCAAGUUUAUACUUUUGCAGGUAUUUGCAAUGGAAAUGGUUAGAGAAGCAACCAAUCACCUACAAGACCUUCAGAAUGUACAGGGUUCUAGGAAAAGGUGGCUUUGGAGAAGUUUGCGCUUGCCAAGUACGUGCCACAGGAAAAAUGUACGCUUGCAAGAAGCUAGAAAAAAAACGAAUAAAAAAGAGAAAAGGAGAAUCAAUGGUAUUAAUCGAGAAGAAAUUUUUACAAAGAAUCAAUUCAAGGUUUGUGGUAUCUCUUGCCUAUGCUUACGAAACAAAAGAUGCUCUUUGUCUAGUUUUAACAAUUAUGAAUGGAGGCGACUUAAAGUUUCAUAUUUAUAACAUGGGUGGAGAACCUGGCUUUGACAUUAAUCGUGCACGAUUUUAUGCUGCGGAAGUAGUUUGUGGGUUAGAGCAUCUCCACCACCGAAAAAUAGUCUAUAGAGAUUGUAAGCCAGAAAAUAUUCUUCUUGAUGAUUAUGGACAUGUUAGACUAUCAGAUUUGGGGUUAGCUGUUGAAAUAACUCGUGAAAUCGGGACACAAGGACGAGUAGGAACUGUUGGUUAUAUGGCACCAGAAGUAAUUGACAAUGAGUAUUACCUAUAUUCUCCAGACUGGUUCAGCUUUGGCUGCCUUGUUUAUGAAAUGAUUGAAGGACGAGCACCGUUUAGGGCACGAAAAGAAAAAGUAGAACGUGAAGAAGUUGAUAGAAGAGUGAAAGAAGAUCAAGAAACCUAUUCACCUAAAUUCACAGAAGAGGCCAAAAAUUUGUGUCAACAACUAUUGAAAAAAGAUCCAAAACAGAGAUUAGGAUGUCAGACUGGCAUUAAUGGAGCUGAUGAGAUCAAAGUUGACAGCUUUUUUCAAUGCGUAGAUUGGACAAGAGUUGCUGCUGGAAUGUGGGAACCACCAUUUGUUCCAGAUCCUCAUGCAAUCUACGCAAAAGAUGUCUUAGAUAUUGAACAAUUUUCAACUGUAAAAGAUGUGACCAUAGAUGCAACUGAUAACUCAUUUUACAGUGAAUUCAGUACCGGGAGUGUUUCAAUUCCAUGGCAAAAUGAGAUGAUUGAGACUGAAUGUUUUAAAGAGCUAAGUGCCCUCGGACCACAUGGUUCUCCAACGCCUGAUUUAGUGAUAUAUCAUCCUGUACCGAUUGAAGAAAGUCGUGGAUGUUUUCCAUUCAGAAGAAAGAAGAAACCAAACGCCCGGGCACGACAAGUAUCCAUUACUGAGGCUAAUCUUCGUGAAUUUUCGUUCCUAAUUCCACCUACCGUGACACCUCCUGAUAGCUGAUCUACGGUGAGCAAAAUAACUUUAAAUAUA